GGGCGGCUGGCGGGGGGCAUGCGGGCCGCGGGAUGCGGUGGGGGGUGGCGCUGGCGGCGCCGCGGUGCUGCGUGCCGGAGCUGAGCCGCGGGUGGGGCGCGGAGGAGCCGCCGCCGCCCGCGCUCUAUGGGGGGCAGAUCGUCGCCUUCCCGCUGGCGGGCGGGGGCGCCAUGGCGGCGCUGGGGCCCGACUCCUGGUGGAAGAAGACACUGUACCUGACGGGCGGCGCCCUGCUGGCCGCGGCCGCCUACCUGCUGCACGAGCUGCUGGCCAUCCGGAAGGAGGAAGAGCUUGAUUCUAAAGAUGCUAUCAUACUGCAUCAGUUUUCCAGGCCUCGCAAUGGCGUUCCAAGCUUAUCUCCAUUCUGUCUGAAAAUGGAAACUUACUUGAGGAUGGCUGAUUUGCCCUACCAGAACUAUUUUGAUGGAAAACUUUCCCCCCAAGGGAAAAUGCCAUGGAUUGAAUACAAUCACAAGAAGGUGUCUGGCACCGAGUUCAUUAUUGACUUUUUGGAAGAGAAACUUGGAGUGAAUUUAAAUAAACACCUUGGUCCUCAUGAAAGAGCUGUUUCCAGAGCUGUAACAAGGAUGGUGGAGGAGCACUUAUACUGGACUUUAGCUUAUUGCCAAUGGGUGGAAAAUCUUCACGAGACGCAAAAGAUGGUUUCACUUUUUGGGCCCUUCAGUGACUUGCUGAAGUGGAUCUUCUGCCACUUGACAAAAGGAAUCGUGAAGCGGGAGAUGUAUGGCCAUGGCAUUGGCCGCUUUACGGAGGAGGAGAUGUACACGCUGAUGGAGAAGGACAUGCGGACUCUAGCAGGCCUUCUGGGUGACAAGAAGUACAUUAUGGGGCCAAAUGUUUCCACUGUUGAUGCCACUGUCUUUGGGCAUCUGGCACAGGCAAUGUGGACAUUACCAGGGACUCGACCAGAGAGGCUAAUCAAAGGUGAACUAAUUAACCUUGCUAUGUAUUGUGAAAGAAUAAGGAGGAAAUUCUGGCCAGAAUGGCACCAUGAUGAUGAUAACACUCUGUAUGAAUCUGAGGAAAGCAGCGAAGCAAGCAAGAUUUACAGCCCUUUGCAGGACUUCAGUUUUUAUUCAAGGACAGAAACAUUUGAUGAGGAAGGAAACAGUAUUUCUCAAACCCCUGACACAGAUUACACUGGACACUCCCUCUUUGAUUCAGAUGUGGACAUGGAUGAGUACAGAGAUCAUGAACAAUACAAAUGAUCCAUACAAGCAUAUCCCGUUUUGCAGACAAGCUGUUUCUUGAGAUCAGUCUGAUUUAUUUUCUCCUCCAGGUGAAGAAGGGGUUUAUACCACUUUGGAAGAGACCAUUGUGCUUGACUCAGCUGUCACAUACUACCUGGACUAUUUUAGUCUUUCAUUUUCUGUAACUGUUCAGGUGGAACCAAGGUAAACAGUUAUUUAAGACACACAUGGGCAAACUGGAGAUCCAAAGGGAACAGGACCUUUCAUGCAUUCAAGACCAAAUUCCACAGCCAGGUGGGACAGACUUCUGGGAAGUGGAGCGUUUGUCAGAGCUGGUUUGUGUUGACUUCUUACCUUUACUGGAAUGGGUUAAGGACAAAAAUAGAGGAGGCAUGGCUGGCACACCUUUCUCCCAUGGGAGAAAAUUAUUGAUACUGUAUUGAUGUAGCAUAGUUUUGGGAGGAUAUCAUUUGUUAGCUACCUGUACUCUGGGUGUGUAUGUUGUUACAGCAUCUGCAGGAAAGAACUGCACCCAUAUCUUUCAGAGACAGUCAAGGAGAACAGGAGGAAAACCUAUUCCUACAGAAAGGCGCUUUUUUGUGAUCCUUGUCCUUUGCAGAAGAUUGGAAUUGCUACUGUCAAAUAUUUUUACUCAGAAGGGAAAUGUCAGUCUUAAUAUAUAAUCUCCCAGACACUCAUCUGGAAUGUCUGUUGCCCAUGUUUUCAAAUUAUUAUUAUUAUAUUUUUACUUCCUGCCACUGGCUGUUGUCUGUUAUUGAUAGGCAAGGCUAAAGAAUUGGGAUUUGUUACUAAGUGUGGUGCAUCUCAGCAGUGGGUGCUUUGUGUGCUUUACCAGCAGACGUGUCAAACCCAUGAAGCUCUUGCAGAGUGAUUUGUGUGUUUGUAGAUGUGUAGUGCUGUGUAAAUGCAAGAUGUUGGCCCAGGCAAUCAAAUGUUUCAGAGCUGCCUUGGAGAGUGCGUCAGUAAGUGCUGGACACUGUGCUAGCUUACAGUGCACAAUCUCUAAAACUGGUUCAUGGGAGGCAUUUGAGACAGAACGUCUGUGUCAGCACCGCUGUCUUUGGGGAUUUCCAGGUGCUGAAAGAGUGACCAGAAUUUAUUUUAAGGCUAGCACAUCCAUGAAUCUGAAACUGCAAAUCCAGAAUGAUUGCACAGCUGCUGAAAUGCUUCAUGUUCGUUUCUCUGUAAAUACAGGUUAGAAGUGAGAAUUAAUCCAUUGGAUUUAUUCACCACUUUGAAGGUAAGCAUGUACAUCAGUGUUGCUUGCUGUGACUGUUGGUUUAGUACAGAUAAAGCAUAUAGAACAUAUAGACAGUUGCAGUAUUUGUAAGCAUGUGAAUAAAUUUGGUAUUUGCCUGCAGACAUUGGUGGUGAUCUGUUUAAAAAACAUUUAAAUUAUAACUUUCUCAGUGAGUUACAGUUAGAUUUAUCAGAAUCCCUCAGCACAGUUUUUAUAAUGUGUUGGUUGUGCCACGCAGUCUGGGAGCAGACAAGGCAGACAAUUGCUUUAGGAUGUAAAUUUUUAGUAGUUCUGAUAGUCUGGAGCUUGAAAUUACUCCAGCUUUCAAAGACUCUCCCUUUCUUGGAGCGUGGAGUGUCUUCUGUAGAGGAAAGUGCUUGCUCUGAGGAAGCAUGAAGCUAGCCAUGGCUCUGAAAGCAGAGGGACACACAUCUGCAGUGAGUUCCCAGAUCUGUUUGGGAUCGUGGAAGCCACGGCGGGUGUAGUCUGCACCUAUUCCCUCAGUUCCCAGGCAUGAUCUUGGAGCCACAUCCCAGUCAAUGGUCUCUGUUGUUGUGGGCAAGUAUCAUAUACAAAGUGAACUGAGAAGGAGGAAUAUGUCAUCCAGUUACUUGGGACUCUUCUUAGGAAAUGAAGCAUAGGAGCAGAGCAUGAGAAGAUAAGUCUUGGCUUGAAAGCACAGAGGUGAUGACCUGAAAUGCCUGUGAAACUCCAUAGCCAAGUCAGGGCAAAUGCUUCCUGCAAAGAUGUAGGUAUUGGUAUUCUGGAUAAAAGAUAUCCAUGUCAAAAAGCUCCUCUUUAAAAAUGUUUGGGUGUUGGAAAUUCCGAUGGAGAUGUUCUCAUUCAUUUACCUUUGCAUGUUUGAAGGUUCUGCUUUCUCCAUCUUUUCAGCGUUGGGAGGGUGUGUUUGCAGGAGGUGAGUCCCAGCUGUGAGGCACAGUCAUUAAAAGACCAGCCUGACUUUAGUGGGCUGUGUCACCUUUAUAAUUUUGGUGAGCUAUCUGAUGUGUCCAUGGCAGCGGCCCUUGCAACAACCCCAAAUGUGGGUUAACCAGGAGUCAGUGGCAUUACUUAACCCUCCAUGUGCGUGCAGCCAGAUCUGGAUUUUGCAGGACUGCCGUGCAGCAGCAGGUGCAGAGAUGGAGAUGCCAGCAUGUGCACAGCAAGUGUCACACCAUGGCCUCAUUUGCACACCAGUUUCUGGCACUGCUGGCAUGGCAGGUAGAGCCGGUAUCGCCGUACUACGGCAUGGGGACCUGCACCAAGGAUGUAGGUGUGUCACAGGGCCACAGUUGCGUUUGCAUCUGGGUAUUUUUGUUGUUUCGAAUUAUUGAUGUGCCUCUGCAGAGGCUGAACCUCAUCCUGACUGACCAGGUGAUGGGCUUCAUCCCUGGGGAGGGUGAAGAAAGGAGAGGAUUGGAAUGGGAUGCAGAAGGGGAUGUGGGUUUUUGCUACCAUCUGAGGGUUUUCAGGGUGUUUAUCAGUAAAGGUGAAUGUAUUUUGCAGUGCAUCGCAUGCCUUCCCUUUCUGAGGGAUUGCUAGGGUUACCUUAGACAAUUUAGUUGACUUUCUUCUCAUGACAGCUACUCUAGAUAAAGUCUACAUUUUUGUGUUUGGCUGUGUUUCAACCUAGAGGUGAAAUUAAGAAACAGUGUUUAGGAAUUUAUAGGUGUUGUGUUUUGUCCAGGUUUGGUAUGAAAUCCUUGGGUUUAUUUAUCCCACCCAAAACCAAAUACUGACUAUUAUACCUGUUUAAAAGGAUUUGAUCCAAGCUUUUUUAUUUUUCGAAUCUCAUCUUGGCAAAAUGUGCCCGAGGGGAAGGAAGGAUGUUUUAAAAAAAACCCAUGCUUUUCUAACAUCUAUAAAAAAGUGCUCGUUCAUUUUGGUUUGCAUGGGGGAAGAGAAAACAAGAGUUUUCUUCAUUAAAAACAGAACAGAUGUUUUAACUUUCCAAAAUUCUGCUAAAAGAGCAACCGUUUCUUAGUCCUGUAGUGUUUGGGGUUUUUUUUUCCCUUCAGUUUAACUUUCCAAAAUUCUGCUAAAAGAGCAACCGUUUCUUAGUCCUGUAGUGUUUGGGGUUUUUUUUUCCCUUCAGUCAUCUUUAUUUUCUUUUUCUUGGUGCUGAGGGUCUGUACAGAACUGAAAAUAGACAGAAUGCAUCUUUAUUUUCUGUGGUUUCUUUCUGCCUCACUGAUCAAAGCUGCCAGCAAGUUUGUCUUAGGGAUGUUGGAGGUCCUGGCUGUGCUGCUUGUGGGUGCUGAGGACAUCAGGUGUCUCUGUGGCAGUGAGACCUGGGGCACCCGCAGGGUGCUGACUGCCCAGCGGGUGAUCUGGGAUGACCACCUCAAGCUGGAGGGCAAAGGAGGCCACGGUGUUGUGUCAGAGGUGAUACUGAUCACACAAGGUUUUUCCCCACCUGUGAAUCCUGCUGCAUUGGUCAGGCACUCAUUGCUGGGUGACAUCAGGAAGGGUUCAAAGACUUUUAUCCCAGGAGUCAGAUGUCUGUGAGGUGAGGGCAUCACAGCCAAACCUGGAUGUGGUCCCAGCUGUGGCCUCAGGCUGGUUUCUGGUAGGCGAUGGUGCGUGGCCCUGGUAGGAAGAAAGCUAGUCUGGGGCUCUUUCACACUGUUCGUCACCUCCUGAAACAGGAUAGGGGUCCUUGUAAGGUAGGGGAGGAGGCAGCGGGUAGAAGAGCAGAGGGUGGUGUGUGGUGGGGGUGCCAAGUGGUGUCACUGCAGGAGGACACAGUCUGAACCAUUGGCCUGGCCAGCCCUGUUCCAGCUAGCUGGGCAGGAGCCCUGCCCUGCUCUCGAGCUGGAGCAUGACCCCUCGUUCUGGCAAGGACAGAGCAUGGUUCCUUCCAGUUACUUUACCUUAAAUACUGCCAAAGGCUGAGUGCUGCAUUUGUUUCAGUCCUGCUGCUUUAAGGGAAUGGAUAAUUGGUCUGCCCCGUGUUUUGCAAAUGGGAGUUUAAAGCAAGCCCUGCUUUUCCAGUAGAGUUAGAUUUGAAGCAGUCUGCUGUUUUUUGUUUUUUUUUCUUUUCCAUGUGAAUUGCAGUGUUUGACUGUGUAACACACUGUCAUGUCAAAAGGGAUUUGUUUACCCCUGUUGGACUCAUUGGCUCUGUCAGCAGAGCUCACUGUUACCAAGUGGGGGAAACCGUCGCCGGGAUGUGUAGGUCCUACAGAAAUCCUGCAAAUGUGGUGCUGGAUUUAAAAACCAAACCAAACCCGAUGUUUCAGAUCUGGAGGACUGUUCCCAUCCAAUUAUAACACUGCAAGUCACACGUUUUGAUCUUUAAAACCUUGGCAGUGUCCCUCCAGAUCUGUAUUCUCUUUGAAAAAAUACUACCUGAAAUAUUUCUGCAGCAACAGUUCAGGCACAAAUUUCCUUUUGUCAGUGAUGCCUGCUCAAGUAAUCAUGACAGUUUCAUCCUGGUUUUAUUGAAAGGGCUGUAUCUGUCAGAUACUAAGCCUUACAAAAUAUUGCCUGUUGGAAAAGUGUGUUAUGUGCAGAUUUAUGCAGGGCAGCUCACCAAGUGAAAUUUCUGUGGCAGAGGAUGAAUUCAAGUGGGUUUUGUCCUUAACUGUUUGAAUAAGAAUUCAAAUCUGACAAGCUAUUUAGGCCAGCCUCCCCCACACCCUGUCCCCAAAUAUUUCAAAAUUAUGAAUUAGGUGUGUUAUAGAAGUAAAGCAAAUUGUGCUCUCUGAAUGCAGAAUUAUGUUGAAUGGCCCAGUAGCUGGUCUGUGGAAAUGGAUGUACAUAGCGUAGGUCUGAGUUGUGCUAUAUGUGUCAGUGCCUGUGAUCUGAAGGAGCACCCAAGCAGUAGUGUCUAAUUCCGUGGGCCAAGAGAACUAAAGGUACCUUUGAAUGACCGCAGUAGUUUUCAGCGGUGGAUUAGUGCUAUGGGUGUUUGUAUAUGCUGUGCUAUGCUUUGGCUAUAGCAUAUAUAUAUAUAUAUGUGUGUGUGUGUAUAUAUAUA